GGUCUCGGGCCCUCAGGCGGAGCGGCGGGCGCCGGACCCCCAGGUGGAGCGACAGGUCUCGGGCCCUCAGGCGGAGCGGCGGGCGCCGGACCCCCAGGAGGAGCGACAGGUCUCGGGGCCCUCAGGCGGAGCGGCCGGGCGCCGGACCCCCAGGCGGAACGACAGUCUCGGGCCCCCAGGCGGGGCGGCCGGGGCACCGAGUCACCAGGCACAACAGUGGGCUCCGAGUCAACUGGGAUGACCGCUGGCACUGGGUCAGACAUUGGAUCGUCUGGCUGGACAGCGGGCAUCGGGGUCACCAGGCAUCAGGUCAUUUUGGCUUGUCAGCGGGCACCGCGUCAUCUGGCAAGGCAGUGGGCUCCGAGUCCAUCUGGUAUGACCGCGGGCACUGGGUCAGACAUUGGAUCGUCUGACUGGACAGCGGCACUGGGUCACCAGGCAUCAGGUUCAUUUGGCUCG